GUUUAUUUGAUUCCAAUAAUACCCUCACUAAAAAGCAAAGCCCUAAUAACUACUUUUUUGGUCCUCCAUUAUUUGUUUCCCUUGUUUCCUCCAUCUCUGCAAUUUCAGUGGUAAAGAAAGGACAAGAUAAAAGGAAAAACAAGGCUCACGCUUGUUUUUUUUCCUUCCAAAUUACAGAUACAUCCCUCUGCAAGCAACUCCUUGUGAGUGAUUGAAGAAUAAUAGUUUGAACACGGUGUCCUGGCUUCUGGUGAUGAAGAUCCUCAAAGCAGAUGCAGGUGCUCUCACAAAUUUUGAGGUGCUUGAUUUUCUACGCUCCAGAGGUGCAGGAAGAGAUCCUACGCGGGUCAUAGUCCCCAUUGCACCAUCAGAGUUCAAGGUGUAUGAUUAUUUAGAGCAAACUGCUGCUUGCAAUCAGACAAGACAAGUGAUUGGUGAACUCAUGGGAAAAUGUAAAAGUAUCAAACUGGAAAAAUGUAAAUGUAACAUACUGGAAAAAUGUAAAUGUAUCAAACUUAAGCAUGUUGAGACGGUUAACAUCAUCAAUAUCAGGCCAUCUUCACUCGUUGAACUUUAUCCGAUAUUAAGGGAAUAUGAUGCCCAUCUUGGGGAAGCUGCAGAAACAAUGGAAGAGCUUGUGGAAAAUGUGGUGCAGCUGUUGCCGCCUUCUCCAACUCAAAUGCAGUCUGAAGAAGGAACUGCGCCUACAGACGAAAAAGAAGCUCCUGAUGGAGAAAAGAUAGAGGCUGAGCCUGAAGUAGACACCAGUGUGUGAAUUCUUGAACAGAAACGGUUUAGAAUGCUUAUUUCUUUCAUUUGCGCGAGCACUCAGUUAUCAAUCUUGAUAUUGGCUUGAGGA